AUGUCAACUCCUAUGGCCCUUCCAUGUGGUCCGACCUUUUUGGAUGCAAGAAAUACAUCAAUCCCACCACCCGAUCCUAAAUCAACCACUGUCUCUCCUUCUUUCAAGUUUGCAAGUGAAAGUGGAUUUCCACAGGAAACUCCCAAGUUUGAUUCACAUGGGAUUGACUUUAAUUCGUCAAAUGAAUAUCCAAAAGAUGCGGCGACAUCUUGGUUAUAG